AUGACCCGCUAUAGCUAUUUGAGCCUGGCGCAAGCAUUAGCUAGCUGGCUGCCUUCUGUCUCCCCUCCUUAUAACCUGAUCCCACCCUCGCUGAUCAUCAGCUCAGCUCGGUACGCAGCAGUAGCAGCUUUUCUCGCACAACUAGCUCAUCGUCUUUCUUGGGCGGCAGUGGCCGUGACCAUACAAAAGCGGGAAGAAGGCCCCACGGCGACGGUGGUGACGACGACGUCGACGAGCAAGCCGGUCGCGAGGAAGAGCCUGAUAUCAAGAACCCUGCAGCGAUGCAAGUCCGGGCUGAGCGCCGGCGGCGGCUCCGGCCGGGCGUCGCCGCCGCGGUGCUUCUCGGUGUACGUUGGGCCCGAGCGGGAGCGCUUCGUGGUGCGCGCCGAGUGCGCCAACCACCCGCUGUUCCGGCGCCUCCUCGACGACGCCGAGCGCGAGUACGGCUACGCGGCGCAGGGCCCGCUCGCGCUGCCCGGCUGCGACGUCGACGCGUUCCUCGACGUGCUGUGGCAGAUGGAGCACGACGAGGCCGACGAUGGCGGCGGCGGCCAGCAGUUCGACGCCGCCGCCUCGUCGCCGAUAUGCGGCUUGCACAGCGGCAGCAAGGGCCGCGCGGCGGGGUAUCGGAUGCUUAGCACGAGGUCGUCUCCGGUGGUCGGCAGGCGGAGGUGAGAUCGAGCACACGGCUGGAUCGUACCAUUAACAUGAUGAUAAUCAUGAUUAAUUAGAGAGCUAGUGGUGCUGAAUUGAUCUCUACUGCUAUGUAUGAAUAGAGUCGUGCAUAGCAGGGUCAGUGGCUUUCUGUCUUUCUGGUCAAAGUCGAUCAGGUGCUCCCACUCGGUCGCUGCAUACUAUGAUUCUCCUUUGUUGCUGGCAUCUCUGGAAUCAUCGCCAUGACGUGGUCUUCCGAGGCAUGCCUCCGAACCUCCACCGGCUGCUCACCGCUUGCUGUGAAGCGACUGAACUGUGGCGCUGGCGUUUACCGGCUGCUCUGCGCUGCGAGCUCGAGUACUGGAGAAACAUUUUUUCAUGUAACUUACCCCAAGUUCUGUUGUACUUUACUCCACGAACAGCCUAACAAAGCAAUGUAAACGCGCCAUGUGCGGCACUCUCCAUCACCAGUUCUCCGGCAUCUAUGGAAGUUGAUUCAGGUGGGGACUGAUCCCCCCCCCCCCCCGGUUUCCCCUCAGAAAAAAAGUCGAUCAGGUGGUUUUACCAUGUGCACGCAACUAAGCAAGAGCUAUCCAACUGCAUAGUUUAGAUCAGUAUACAUAAGUUUGGUCAUCAUUAGUCUCAAGUCAUCGAUACAGGUUUAGUUUAGAUCAGUAGCUAGAUUUCUACAUAGAUAGAAAUCAAAUUUAUGUGCAUGUGCCGAAUCAAUUACUUCAAAGAGAAGUAAUUCAUCUUUUUUUCUUUGCCACGCAUAGUUUUCUUUCUCGAUGCAUGUAUAUAUACCAAGAGAAUUGCUAA